CACAGUUUGUCGAAGCUGCAUCUACGGAUGAGGACUAGUUAUGAGUAAUUCUUUGCUUCUUUGCUUUCUUGUGCUUUGUGCGGCAUCACUGGAUGUCUCUGACGAAGACAUUUCUGCCCAAGAUAAAGAGAGAGACCUUAGAGGCCUUUCAGAGACUUUCCUUGAAGAUCCCACGAUAGAAGUCAAUGGUCAUGCUCAGCCCACAGGAGACUGGGCAAGCUUUCUGGAACACAACGAGAAGAGUAAACUGGAUGACCAGGCGGCGGUGGAAAAGUAUGUAAUCAAUGGAGAAGAGUAUGAUCGAAAAGAUGUUGAGUUUGAUUCUGUUAAAGAUCCAACUGUAGUAGUCACUGAUGGAGUAAAAGAGGAAGCAGAUGAACCAGAAGAGGAUCAAGCAUAUUAUGGAUGGACGAAGCACCCAUACAGUUGGUGCACUGUUGAUGGAAGGGAGUUGAUAUCAAGAGACCUUGACAACCCAAUUGACUACACUGUAUGUCAGAAGCUCUGCCAAGAACGAGUCGGAUGCAGCGCCAUUGAAUUCUGGGAAGCGUACAACUACGCCUGCUACGUCUGCAAGGACAUAUCGAAAAUAACCAGUUAUCCAAACGAGGAUGAUCUGGCAUAUCCUGUGCACGUUUGGGUGCAAAACCAAAGUCCUACGAUUGAACUAGAAAGUUCAUCCGAAGGUUCAUCUGGAGAAGUUCCAUUUGAGGGUCCAUCUGAGAGUGCAUCUGAGGGUUCAUCUGAGGGUCUAUCUGAGGGUCCAUCUGUUGUGCCAUCUGAAGGUUCAAAAGAAGGCCCGACAGAAGGUCCAACAAAAGGUCCAUCGGAAGCAUUUAACCCAUGUGAUCCAGGAAGCCACGGACUCUUGAACACAUACGAUCGUCUUGUUGGAAACAGAGAUCAAAGCUCAGUGCAAUGCGAUCAGCGAUAUCUUUUUCUUCCGGGCUGGUUUCGUUUCGCGGGCGCAGCAGGCGACAGGAUCCCAACCAAAUGCCCGAAAAUAAAACGUUGUGGUACGCAUGCCACAGGUUGGCUAAAUGGAAGCCAUCCUUCUGUCGUAGACGGCAUAGUAAGUCGUAAAGUGUGUUACCACUGGACAGACAACUGCUGUCACUGGAAAAAUGACAUACAAGUCAAGAACUGUGGAGCAUUUUACGUGUAUGAGCUGCAGAAGCCACCUGUGUGUUCACUUCGAUACUGCGGAGAACCCAAAGAAUGUUCAGAUGGCGGCCACCAAGACCUCAACCAAGCUGACCGUGCAAUGGGUUACUCAGACCAAAGUGGGAUUAAGUGCGAUGGAAGAGCUCCAGACAACAUUCUUGUACCAAAGUGGUAUCGUAUAACGGGAGACAGUGGUGACCAGAUUCCAGAACGUUGUGUCCCCAUGAGACGUUGCGGUACUGAUGCUCCAGGCUGGCUUAAUGGUCAACAUCCAAGUCUUCAGGAAGGUGUGGUAAAACGUCAAGUCUGUUACCAUUGGACAGGAGGGUGUUGCCAAUGGAAAAAUUACAUUAAAAUCCGAAACUGCGGAGACUUCUAUGUGUACGAGUUGCAAAAACCACCAGCAUGUCCAUUACGUUAUUGUGGCAACAUGCAAGCACCUACCACUCAGCCUCCACCAACGAUCACGACACCAAAACCAGUAUUUGACCCAUGUGAUGCACGUAGUCACAAGUUCCUCCAUACAUACGACCGUCUUGUGGGUAACAAAGAGCAAAGCUCAGUGAAAUGUGAUCAGCGAGAUCCCACUCUGCCAGGCUGGUUUCGCUUCACUGGUGCAGCUGGUGACAGGAUGCCGACCAAAUGUCCAGAAACAAAACGCUGUGGUACGCAUGCGCCCGGUUGGCUGAAUGGAAAUCAUCCUUCUGUUGCAGAGGGUAUAGUUAGCCGUGAGGUUUGUUACCACUGGGGAAACUGCUGCCGGUGGAAAAACAAGAUAAAUGUCAAGAAUUGUGGAGCAUUUUACGUGUAUGAGCUGCAAAAACCACCUGCGUGCUCACUACGAUACUGCGGAGAGCCCAAGCAAUGUUCCGAUGGCGGGUACCAAGACCUUAACCAAGCUGAUCGCGCAAUGGGCAACUCUGAUCAAAGUACGGUUAAGUGCGAUGGAAGAGCCCCAGACAACAUGUUGUUACCAAAGUGGUAUCGUAUGACAGGAGAUAGUGGUGAUCAGAUUCCAGAGAGUUGUGUUCCCAAGAGAAGUUGCGGUACUCACGCUCCAGGCUGGCUUAAUGGUACACAUCCCAGUGUACAGGAAGGAAUCGUAGUUCGUCAAGUCUGUUAUCACUGGUCCAGCGGUUGCUGCCAAUGGAGCAAUAACGUGAAAAUUCAAAAUUGCGGCGACUUCUUUGUGUAUGAAUUACAAAAACCACCAGCUUGUUCAUUGCGCUACUGCGGCAACAAAGAAGCAAAUACCACCAUUCCACCAGAUGCUACACCGAGAGCUCCACAAACACCAGCGGACGGAUGUAAAAGCUACAAAGUCCUAAGUGAAGCGGACCGCGCUCAAGGAAACGAAGUUCAGAACAACAGAAAAUGCGACCAGCGGGACUUGGUGCCGGGCUGGUACCGCUUUCAAGGAUUUGCAGGGGAGAGAAUGGCUGACCGAUGCGUUCCCUUCAGACGCUGUGGCACUCAUGCUGCAGGCUGGUUAAAUGGUCCCCAUCCUACAGUGGCAGACGGUGUAGUGACACGUGAAGUCUGUUUCCACUGGUCAAACCAAUGUUGUAGGUGGAAAAGCACAGUCAAAGUCAGGAACUGCAGCUACUUCUUUGUAUAUAAAUUAACGAGGACACCAGCUUGCUCUCUUCGUUACUGUGGUAACGCCAGCGCCGUGCCAACCACAGCAGUACCUCUACCAACAUCAGCGGUCAUGCCCCUCAGUGACCCAGAGGUCAUUGUUAAAUGUGGUCAAAAUGAGAUGUCCAUCAGCAUUCCAAAAACCUUUCUACACGGCCUGGACGUGGAACAUAUCCGUCUUUCAGAUAAAAACUGUGGAGCCACAGAGAACCCAGCUCGCGACCGCUACAUUCUUCGGACAAAACUAACGGAAUGCCAAACAAAAAGCAGGCACACCAAGAAUUUCGUGAGUUACACGAACAAGGUGGAGGAAAUUCCCGUGGAGAAUGAGCAGAUAAUCAGAAGAAUCCGUGAGGUGGAAAUACCCUUCAGCUGUUACUUCUCAAACACAGGUGUCGUAUCCGCUGUUGGUCUGGAGGUGACGAGCAAGAAGAUCGUUUUCUCCGAGAAAGGAUUUGGAGAAUUCGCUCUAGAGAUGAAGAUUUUUCCAGAUGACAAAUUUCUAGGUUCCUACCAAAAGAAAGAGUUUCCAGUAACCCUACCCUUGAGAAAAAAACUGUUUGUGGAAGUCAGGGUGGAUACAAAAGAUGCAAGGCUUGGGAUUUUAGCAGAAACGUGUUUUGCCACACCUGAUCCCGACCCCAAUAAACCUGGAUUAAAAUUCGUGUUCAUCGAAAAUGGGUGUUCUGAUGACGAAACCUUGGAUUUUAUUCCACCAAGUAAUGAAAGAUAUGAGAGGUUUAGCUUGGAAGCGUUCAAGUUCUUGGGUGAUCACCAGUUUGUGUACAUGCACUGCAAAGUCAAGAUAUGUAGCGCAAACGAUCCAAACUCACGCUGUGCUCAGGGCUGUCUGCGUAACUCCAAACAAAGGAGGUCGCUGUACACUCAGGAAACAAAUGACGAGGAGUAUCUCUUAGCUCAGGGACCGUUUAUACGGAAAGUUGACACUGAAGACAUUCAACUUGAAGAAACUGAAAAAGAAUGGCGCGGUUUUGACGGAAAAGGCCAGGGUAAGUUUGCCACUGCUACAUUGGUUGCGGUGGCGGCUGCCUGUCUCAUGGGUAUCUCAUACUUUAUGCAUCAGAGGAGGAAGAAGAGUCGGAGCCAAGUAUACCAUCCCAAAGCUAUCCCUGUCUCCUAAACGAUUUGCUGACGAAGGCCAUAUUGCAUGAUAACAUUUGAAUAAGUCAGAAUUUUGAAAAAUAUCAAUUUAUCCAAAGUUGAGGAUGUAGUCCAGUCGUCCAGGUUAAAGAACUCCGGCAAAGGACUCGGAUGUUAAUAACUGACGUUUCGACGACCUGAGCGGAUGGCUUCGUUCGAGUAAACCUCAACUCGGAAAACAUUAUGCAAGUCUCGCCAGAGAUACAUAGAAAAGAAACUGAAAUAACGGGCAUUUUAAGAGAAAAGAGGUACCUUUUGUUGCGAUGUGAAUGUCACCUUACGUCUUGUCAUUCCAUAGGCUUACAGUAGUUGAAUGACGGUUUCAAUAUAGACCUUACACUAUGCUCUGUAUGUUGGUAUCGAGACAAAUGAAAUAUUAGUUUAAUUUU